GGAGAGCUCGCCACGCCCAAAUGCUGCCGACCGCCGGCUGCCGCGCGCCGCCGUGCCCGCGGCCGCUCGCCGCGGGGAGAGCCGGCGGAGGGCAUGGCCUUGGACGCGCUCGCGGAGUCAAGAGGAGGGCGGCGGCGCGGCGGGUGGUGCGGUGCGGGCUGCUCCCCGUGGACCCGUGGGCGCCGACCAUGGACUCCCAGAGCGUGGCGUCGCAGCUGUUCGCCGUCUCGCUCUUCCCCUACCUCGGGUUCCUCUACUACAUGACCAGGUCCAAGACGGCGCCCGGCCUCACGCUCUUCGGCUUCUACUUCCUCCUCGCCUUCGUCGGCGCCACCAUACCUGCUGGGAUAUAUGCGAAAGUUCAUUAUGGAACCUCAUUGUCUAAUGUCGACUGGCUGCAUGGGAGUGCAGAAUCACUACUUACUCUUACCAAUUUAUUCAUUGUACUGGGGUUAAGGGGAGCCUUGAGGAAAUUGGAGGACACAAAAGAGAGUUCAUCUGAAGAUUCUGAGGACAUUAAAGAAAAAGGUUCCAUCUAGUUUGUUUUAUUGUUUUAUCAGCACCGGUUUAGAAUGUAUGUUAGUCGUCUGUAAGGGUGUGUAUAACUAUUUCUUUUCCGAAAACAAAGGUGUGUAUAACUAUAAGAAAUUAAGAACCCUCGCAGAUUUCCA